AUGGGUGGUAAACCAAAGGCAGAGAACCCCAAAAAGGCCGCCGGCAAUGCCCGGAAAGCCGAGGCCGCUGCUGGGAAGCAGGCUAAAGCUGAUGCUGUCAAGUCUGCAAAGGAAGAUGCUGAGUGGGCGGAAGGUUCGAAGGAUGGUUCGAAGAAACAAGCAGCCGAAGCCAAAAAGCGUGAAGCCGCCGCCAAAAAGGCCGCCCGAGACGCCGAACUCGCCGAAGAAACUGCCGCCUUGAAGACUACAAAGACAAACCCCAAAGCCGGUGCCAAAGGGAAAGCCGCACCAGCCUCUCGCAGCGGCGGUCUAGACGCUGCUCUAGCAGGUUUCGAUGAACCUGGAUCGUCAAAAUCCGCUGUCCUUAACGCCUCAGGUAUUGACAACGCACUCGACGCCCUCUCGCUCACCUCUGGUGCCGCUUCUUCGGCCUCUAUCGACCGUCAUCCCGAACGUCGCUUCAAAGCUGCGUAUGCGGCAUAUGAAGAACGUAGAAUGGCGGAAGGAAAGGCUAAUGGAGAAUGGGAUGGUCUCAGGCAGAAUCAAGUCAAAGACAGGAUUCGCAAGGAAUUCGAGAAGAGUGAAGAGAAUCCCUUCAAUCAAGCGAGUGUUAGCUUUGAUGCUAGCCGAGAUGAGGUGAGGGCUGUAAGGGAUCGUGAGGCCGGGAAGAUCGAGAAGAGAUUGGGGGAUAGGAGUUAA